UGUUUCUUUUAUAGUCUAAAAAUGAACCAACAAGCGGACAACUGGACGUUGCACAAUAGCUCGUCAGAGGAGGAGAAGGAGGCCAUUUCCCCCAGGAGCAAUGUCACCUACGUGGGAUUUUACCUGCACCACCCAUCCACGGCAGCCAUUUUCAUAGUGUCCUACCUGCUCAUCUUCUUGGUGUGCAUGGCAGGAAAUGGCGUGGUGUGUUUUAUCGUGCUGCGCAGCCGCAACAUGCGUACCGUCACCAAUUUGUUCAUCCUCAACUUGGCCAUCAGCGAUCUCCUGGUGGGAAUCUUCUGCAUGCCCACUACGCUUCUUGAUAACAUCAUUACAGGGUGGCCCUUUGGAAGCUUGGUGUGCAAAAUGAGCGGCAUGGUACAAGGUAUCUCCGUGUCGGCGUCUGUCUUCACCCUGGUGGCCAUCGCCGUUGACAGAUUCCGCUGCAUCGUCUACCCAUUCAAGCAGAAGCUUACCAUCUCCACCGCCACCUUAAUCAUUGUCAUCAUCUGGGUGCUGGCCAUCUCCAUCAUGUGUCCCUCUGGCGUGAUGCUACAGGUGACGCAGGAGCAAAGCAUCCGAGUGCUGCUGGGCUACGACAACAAAUCCACUCCUUUUUACUGGUGCAGGGAGAACUGGCCCAACCAGGAGAUGCGCAAGAUCUACACCACCGUCUUGUUCGCCAACAUCUACCUGGCGCCACUCUCCCUCAUUGUGGUUAUGUACGCACGCAUCGGGAUCACGCUUUUCAAGACCGCCAUGCCCACCGAGGGCAAACCGGGUCAGGACAACCGCCACGGCGUUUCCAAGAAGAAGCAGAGGGUGAUCAAGAUGCUUCUAAUUGUGGCCUUGCUCUUCAUCCUGUCCUGGUUGCCGUUGUGGACCCUCAUGAUGUUGAGCGACUACGCCAGAUUGACGGAGCAGCAGUACCGCAUUGUCAACAUCUACAUUUACCCCUUCGCGCACUGGCUGGCCUUCUUCAACAGUAGCGUCAACCCCAUCAUCUACGGGUUCUUCAACGAGAACUUCCGCAGAGGAUUUCAGGUGGUCUUCAAGUUCAGCCUGUGCGCGGCAGACGGGCAGCGGAGGAAAACUUACUCGCACCGCCUGCAGCAGAACUCGGUGCUGCCGGCCAAUAACGCGCAAACCUCCUUGGAACCCAUCUCGCUCAACAGCUUAGACAAAAGCAGCUCCAGGAGGAAUCGCCAAGUGGCCGAGCAGGACUUGGUUUUGGAAGACUUGGAAAAGGGCUCCUGCAGUAGUGGCGGCGUGACGGCCGUGUCCAUUUGA